AUGCAACCUUCAUCUGGAGAACUGAUUGGGUUCUCCGGAGAGAGGGUCCCAAUAAGGGGCCACAUAUGGUUAAAGACAACAAUGGGGAACACCCCAUUAUCAAAAACUAUUGAUGUCCAAUAUCUCAUAGUCAACUACCCCAGUCCUUAUAAUAUUAUCCUUGGAAGACCUGCCCUGAACAACUUCAGAGCAGUAGUGUCUACUUUAUAUUUGUGUGUCAAGUUUCAGGUCCAGGGUAGCAAGAUAGCGACAGUAUACUCAGAUCACCAAAAAGCUCGGCAGUGCUACAAUGCAAGCCUGAAGAGGGCCAGCACAACACAAAAGCCUCGGCAAGAAGUGAAAGCAAUCCACAGCACAUCUGAAGUGUUGUCUCUAGCUGAACUUGAUCCCAGGAAUGAUUUCCAGGAAAGACCUCAACCGGUAGACGACCUCCAGAAAGUUCCUCUAACCAGAAAGGCAGACCAAUUCACAUACAUUGGCCGAGCUCUUGAAGGAGAGGAACAAUCAAAGCUGAUAAAGGUGCUACAAGACAACGCCGACCUAUUCGCCUGGACACCAGCGGACAUGCCUGGAAUAGACCCAAGGGUCAUCUGCCAUAAACUUGCUAUCAAUAAAACAAUUCGACCUAUUGCCCAAAAGAAAAGGAACCUCGGAGCAGAAAAGGUGAAAGCAGCUCUUGAAGAGACUAAGAAGCUCCUCAAUGCCGACUUUAUCAAAGAGAUCCGCUUCACCACGUGGCUCUCAAAUGUGGUAAUGGUAAGAAAGAACUCAGGUAAAUGGCGAAUGUGCGUCGACUUUACAAAUCUUAAUAAGGCUUGUCCAAAAGAUGCUUAUCCAUUGUCUUGUAUUGACAAACUGGUAGACAAUGCUUCAGGAUAUAAAAGCUUAACCUUCAUGGAUGCAUACUCUAGCUACAACCAGAUCCUUAUGCAUCCAGAAGACCAAAGCAAAACAGCUUUCAUAACAGAACAUGAAAAUUUUUGUUAUAAGGUAAUGCCAUUUGGCCUAAAGAAUGCAGGUGCAACAUAUCAAAGAUUAAUGGACAAAGUCUUCCACCAACAAAGAGGUCGGAACAUGGAGAUCUAUGUAGACGACAUGGCGGCAAAGACCCCAUCACAAGGCUCACACUGCGACGACAUACAAGAAAUUUUCAAGCAAAUCCGAGCAUAUAAUAUGAGGCUUAAUCCAGAAAAAUGUGCAUUUGGGGUCUAA